GACUGACAGCAAGACAGCGAACGGGACCAAGAACAAGUAUUUGGCAAAUGACAAUCUCGGAACGACAAAACGCGGCAACCUUCCUAGAAUUUACUACCAUCAAGCCAUUUUUCUACCAACAAGCGAAUUUCAAAUGUUUCUACUGCAAUGACGUCUUUCCUGAAAUACAUUCAGUUUUACAACACACCGCCUUCCAUGUGACACCUGACAGACCAUCGUUAUUAAAGCAAUAUCUGAGGAAAGGAAAGCGUGUCAUCAAAGUUGAUAUUUCCGGACUAAAAUGCAGGUUAUGCGAGCAAAAGUAUUCAGAUCUCGAUGAUAUAAGGAAGCAUUUAGCUCUCGCACAUAAGAAAGAAUUCAAUUCAGCUGGGAACGGACUCAUGGCGUAUAAUUUAAGCACGAACAAUGGGCAACUGACCUGCCACAAGUGCUCGAAAACUUUCAACUCCUUUUUUCUUCUUAACAGGCACAUGAACGUGCAUUUUAGCGUUGUUUGUGAAACCUGUGGCCUCGGCUUCAUGUCGCAUCAGAGAUUAAUAAACCACAGGAUAGUCCAUCAGACAGGAAACCACAAAUGCGAUAAAUGUCAGGAAGUAUUUACUACUAAACUAAAGUUACGCUACCACUGGGUAAAGAAACAUGAAGUGACGAACACAAAGAAAAUAAAACCAUUAAAAUGUCCGCAUUGUUUAGAAAGAUUCGCAGAACAUUACAGAAAGAUGACUCAUCUGAAAGAAGUGCACGGAAUAUCGUUUACUUUCGAAUGUCAAGUGUGCAAAUCAGUGCUACCAACCAGAAGAGCAUUAACAGAACACACGACCAAACUUCACACGCAAAAAAUUCAGUGUAAAGUCUGCGGAAAAUGCUUCGGAACGAAGUCUUUGUUAAAAAUGCACAUGAGAGGGCACACCGGCGAGAGAAACUUCUUUUGCGCGAUUUGCCAGAAAGCUUACAUGCAUGAGAGGACUUUGCGACAGCAUAUGCGAGUUCAUGGUCCGGUUUGGAAGUAUUCUUGUUCGGAAUGUGGCAACGGGUUUCAUAACAGGAAUGAUUUUAAUAAACACAUGAAACAAUGGCAUCCACAGUGGCAGUUUAAGACUAUUGUCAAGAAUUUCGGGAGCGAUCUUAUGAACUGAAUUUAGGUUGUUAAGCUACGUCAGAAUCCUACACAUUACACCAAAUGAAAUGAAAAAUAGAUAUAGAUUAUAGUUGUAUAAUUCGUCAGAGUAUAUCCGAGUCCUUUUAUGUCAAUCACUUAGAAUAAAGUUUUUCUGUCUAGUUUGCUGGAUGAAGUACAAAUACUGCUGUGACUAAGCGAUUUUUUAUAUACUGGUUACAUCUUCCGUUACAAUUUUUAUAAAACACUCGACCCCGACCACUUUUGAUUGCCUCAACUCAUUUCUAUUAAACAUGUCGCACAUAAUUCACCUUUAUUAUAAAAGCAAAACAAAUUGAAAUCUCUCAAUCAGUUCGGGGGCUAUAGAGUCGUUCAGACAGCCAGACUCGUCUACCCUUAACAUUUUUAACUUUUUAAAGGGUUUACUUUGUA